UUGGUGGUGGGGAGAGAGAUAGAUAAAGCAUUGGAGAUGAGGCAGUAACGUGGCCAGCUUUAGGACGACAGGAUUGAUUAGGAAAUGUACGAAUAGUAUUAUUAAUAUUAUUAUUAGUUGGAUUGGGAUUCUUUCUUCUUCUUCUUCUUCUUCUUCUUCUUUUUGUUUGGGUUUGUGGGUUUGGGGGUGGCGGUUUUUAUAGUUAAUAACAAUGGCAACGAGGCAUUUUGUCCCAAACCCAAAUAUUUUUCAACUUUCUACUACUUAUACUCUCAGAUCCAGGACCAGAAGUGGGAGAAGAAUUAAGGCACAGAAUUCCUCAAAAAAUGGCGAGGAGGUGGAAGUGGAAGAGAAGAGCAAGAGAAGCUUUGGAAAGGCAGAGGCAGAUGUGGUAGUGGUAGGAAGUGGAAUUGGUGGACUGUGCUGCGCUGGGCUAUUAGCAAGAUACCAGCAAGAUGUCCUCGUUUUGGAAAGCCAUGAUCUACCUGGUGGUGCUGCCCAUUCUUUUCACAUUAAUGGUUACAAAUUCGACUCGGGCCCCUCUUUGUUCUCUGGUUUGCAAUCCAGAGGUCCCCAGGCCAACCCACUUGCCCAAGUUCUGGACGCACUGGGCGAGAAACUUCCUUGUGCCAACUAUGAUUCUUGGAUGGUCUACGUACCCGAAGGUGAAUUCUUGUCACGCAUUGGCCCCACUGAAUUUUUCAAGGACCUUGAGAAAUAUGCAACUCCAAAUGCCGUUCGAGAAUGGCAAAAGCUUCUUGAUGCAGUUCUUCCACUGUCUGCUGCUGCAAUGGCUCUGCCUCCUCUUUCUAUCAGAGGGGACUGGGGUGUUCUCUCGACUGCUGCGGCCAGAUACAGUCCCUCCCUUUUGAAAUCUUUUAUCGAAAUGGGACCUCAGGGAGCUCUCGGUGCUGCAAAACUUCUGCGACCUUUCUCAGAAAUCAUCGACUCAUUAGGGCUGAGAGAUCCCUUUAUACGCAACUGGGUUGACUUACUGUCUUUCUUGCUUGCUGGGGUGAAAUCUAAUGGUAUACUCUCAGCAGAGAUGGUAUACAUGUUUGCAGAAUGGUACAGGCCGGGGUGUUGUCUUGAGUACCCAAUUCAUGGAAGUGGGGGAGUUGUUGAUGCUCUUAUUCGUGGAUUGCACAAGUUUGGCGGACGGCUUUCUCUAAGAAGUCAUGUGGAUAAGAUUGUUGUUGAAAACGGUCGAGCCACUGGAGUGAAGCUAAGAAACGGCAAAUUUAUACGUGCUAAAAAGGCCGUUGUGAGCAAUGCAUCCAUGUGGGACACAUUAAAUCUAUUACCGAGGGAAGCUGUUCCAAGGGCAUAUCAGGAGAGGAUCAAGACGACGCCACAAUGCGAAUCCUUCAUGCAUCUCCAUCUGGGGUUUGAUGCAGAGGGUAUACGCGAGGACUUGGGCAUUCAUCACAUUGUAGUAAAUGAUUGGAAGAGAGGAGUUGAUGCGGAUCAGAAUGUUGUAUUGAUAUCAGUGCCGAGCGCAGUGAGCCCUCAUGUAGCACCGCCGGGGAAACACGUGCUGCAUGCUUAUUUGCCAGGAACAGAACCUUUUCAACUGUGGCAAGGACUAGAGCGCGGCAGCAGUGCAUACAGGAAUCUGAAAAGGGAAAGAGCAGAGGUUUUGUGGAGAGCUGUGGAGAGGGCACUUGGACCGGGGUUUAGGCGAGAGAAAUGCGAGGUGAAGCUGGUUGGGUCUCCACUGACCCAUCAGAGGUUUCUAAGAAGAAACAGAGGAACAUAUGGACCAGCCAUUGAAGCUGGUAAAGCCUCUUUUCCUGGACACACCACUCCUGUCUCACGCCUUUUCUGCUGCGGUGACUCCACUUUUCCUGGCAUUGGUGUCCCUGCCGUUGCUGCUAGCGGUGCUAUUGUCGCCAAUUCACUUGUUUCUGUUUCUCAACACUCACGCCUACUCGAUGCCAUUGGAAUUUGAUCAUCAUAAUCAUCAUCAUCACGUCAUAUCUUUCUUUCUUAAUUAAAUUAACUAACUAAUUAAUGCGGCGUAUAUACUCUUUUACUCUAUCUUAAUUUAUAUAUAUAAA